AUGAUCUUCACUGUUGAGCAACUCGAGCUCAUCAGAAAACUUCGUGAAAGUGGAAUCUCAUCAGACCAAGUGGUCCAAGCCUUCGAAGAGCCCAAAGUCCUAACUCCACAAAACAACAACAAGCUCUACAGUAACCCAUUGCUCAUCCAGCAGCUCACUUCUACAGUACCCACCCUGCACAUCCGAACCGUUCCAUCACCCAUCAAUAUGGUCGUCAAAUCGGAAGUCUCUUCUAGCUCCACAAGCCCCGCCCCCGUUUUUGAGCAUCCGAUUUGCUCAAAUGCUCCAAGGCCGAUUAGGAGUCAGAGAACGCCGAUGAAGGAGAUUACGACGUUGGAUGAUCCGAGUGAAUUGGAAGAGUUCAUGCAGAAUGGAGAGGAAAUGUGUAUUCAGGAUAUGAAGACGUUCAUUACACAGUAUUCGUUGAGACAGACUACGGUAGCACAUAUGACAGGUGUCUCCCAACCAUACAUCUCAAAACUUCUCAACGGAAACCAUCGGGAGCUCUCCCUCCGUUGCCGUAAAAACAUCUACUGUUGGUACCUGAACUGCCGUCGUCACCCUGAAAAACUCACCGCCUUCAUUUCCGACCCAUCAACCCGCCUGGAGACAAACGGAGAUGGAGAGCUCAUUCCACAACGGCGAGAACGCUACGUCUUCCGACCGAUUCUCAUCAAAAUGCUCGAGAAUUUCUUCAACCAGACGCCAUUCCCAGAUUUGCCACGUCGUGUUGAAAUCGCCACUGCCUGUAACCAUGUCCUUCAAUUGGACAAGAAAGGCGUUGGGUUGAUGCCAAAAGAAGUCGUUUCACCGCAAGUUGUGUCCAAUUGGUUUGCCAACAAACGAAAGGAGUUGAGAAGACGUUCCGCUGAGGCGUCUGCUGCAUCCACGUCAUCUGCAUCGUCUACAGUGUCUUCUGGAUCCGUUGAUGUUGCUAGUAUCUCCAGUAUGAGUCCCACUUCUAGAGAUGAUGAGAACAGCUCUCGAAACAUGACUCCAGAAGUUGAACCAUCCUCUCCACUGGCUUUGAUCAAGGAAGAAAACGAAGAACCAGCCACUACAGUAACCCCUCCAACAUCUCUUCCCCUUCCGAUGAUACCAACCAUGCCAUCGUUGAUCCCAAACCCUACAGUAACCUCUCCAUUAGAGCUUCUGGCUAUUGCUCAGCAGCUGGGACUUCAAAUUCCAAUGCCUCAAUUCCCUGGAGCGUUCUUGCCGUUUCCAAUGACCGGAUUCUACAGUAAUCCAGCGAUUUUGAAGUCGGAGUAG